AUGUUCGAUAAGUCAGAUACCCACAUUUUGGUUUUUCCUCACUAUGACGCUCUUGUUAUCACUUCACGCAUAUUAGAUACAGACGUGAGACGUAUUAUGGUGGACGAUGGGAGUGGCGUGUGCAUUAUCCACCCUCGAAUGCUUGCACAGAUGAAGCUUGAGGAUAAGAUACUUCCACGUUGCAUCACACUAACUGGUUUUAACAAUGCAGUUGAAGGAACAUCUGGAGAAAUCACACUCCCCGUCAUGGCCGGCGGCGUCACUCUGGAGACCAUAUUCCACAUCAUUGAUCAGGACAUGACAUAUAACGCCAUAAUAGGAUAUAACCAGAUCCUCAUGGAAGAGGAAGACCAGGAAAAGACCACCUUCAUCACCCACCAAGGAACGUAUUGUUACAAGGUGAUGCCCUUCGAACUGAAAAAUGCGGGGGCGACAUACCAAAGGUUGGUAACAAGAAUGUUCAAGGAACAGCUCGGCAAGACCAUGGAAGUCUACAUAGAUGAUAUGUCGGUCAAGUCCAAGAGAAAAGAUGAUCACAUCGACUACCUGAAAAAGGCUUUUGACAUACUAAGGCGAUAUGGGAUGAAACUAAACCCUGAGAAGUGUGCGUUCGACGUAACAUCAGGAAAGUUCCUGUGUUUCCUGAUGUUACAAAUUCUUUGGCAUGCUCAAAAAGGACAACAGCCUCCUAUGGACAUCCGAGUGAGUUCAAGCCCUGAGGGAGUUAAAAACCUAUCUAUCUCACCGCCGUUGCUUGCCAAAGCAGAACAUGGGGAACGUCUCCUCGUCUAUCUCACCGUGUCCGAAGUAGCGGUGAGUGCAGUCCUAGUCCGAAAAAGCAAAGUCACAACUUUCUCCUUGAGGAGUAUCUUACAUAAGCCCGAGCUAUCGGGAAGAUUAGUUAAGUGGGCCAUAGAACUUAGCGAGCAUGAUAUUACAUAUCAACCACGGACGGCGAUAAAAUCACAAGUCCUUGCCAUCUUCAGCGCGAAAAUAAUGCCUGAAGUUGAAAAGGAAGCCGCCCAGGCUUCUCUGCAAGCAGAAGAUCUAUGGACUUUGUACACCGACGGCGCCUCCAAUGCAUCACGGAUUAAGGCUGACACUCAAGUACAGAGCGAGGCAAGUCAUCCUAUGGUGGUUCUCAACUCAUCGUCUACCAAGUUACUAGGAAUUUCCAGAUCAAAGAACAAAGGUUGCAAAAAUACCAAGCCUGAGAUCCGCAAGUUAUUGCCCGAGUUUGAUGAAUGCCAUCUCGACCAAAUCCCUCGGACGCAAAACAUCGAAGCCGAUGGCCUCGCCAAAUUAGCGACAGCCACUAAAACCAUAACCGGAGAAGGAAGUGUGAUCACCCUCCUCCACUCAUCGAUAGAUCAAAUUGAGGACGACGUACUCCCAGAUGAUAAAACAUACGCCAAAAAACUUCGGAUGCAAGCAGCCAGGUACAAUAUCAUCCAGAACGACCUAUACAAGAGGACGUACGUCGGCCCCCUAGCAAAAUGUGGGCCCGAAUCAAACUCAGCGCGUCCUAGAAAAAAUCCACGAGGGCCACUGCGGGGCUCAUUCUGGCAAAUGAGCUCUGGUCAAAUGCCUCAUACGAGCAGGUGGAAACAGGAGCAUUUGCUCAGAUACGCAAACAGGAAGUGA